AUGAUUUCGUCGGCAUGUGUUAUCAGGAUACGUCGUGACACAGAUUCCGUAGUACUUUCAGAGAGUGAGAACUCUGUUAUCAUAGAUUCCACCUCAGUGAAAGUUGAACGACCCGAUCCCGAUCAACCGAUCGAGCGUAUUGAAAUACGGCUGGAAAGCAACAUUACCAAACCGAUGGUAAUCGGUAUCCAAGAGGUUUCGCAAUCAUCUGUAGUUGCUUCACCACCCAAUGACGAUGAGGCAUCUAAUACUGUUCUAGAAUCUGAUUCGCUGUUACCUGUAAAGAGCGAAACAAAACCAAAAACUGAUGAAAAAAAGCUAGCGACAUUAGCUAUCACAGUGAAACGUGCCAAUUUAAACGGAGUUCCCGAAGUUAACGAAGCUGAGGACACUGCAGCUGCACUCGAAACUAAUUAUGUCGGAAGGGUUGAGAAUUAUGCUCAAUUGCCCUUAGACGAUGAUACUACGGAAGAAGAUGAUGACGAAUCAGAUGAAGAAGUACCAGUUGAAAAAUGUUUUCGCAACAAAAACAAAUUGAGUCGUGAGGUGUUACGAGAAAUGAAACUGGAAAGACGAAAGCUGAAAAAAACUUUAAAACGUUAUCGCUCACAGUUGAUGCAUUUUUGUUCACCAAAACUGGUGGUGGAAAAUCGUGCUUACAGGUACCGUUAUCAUAAUUUGCCGAAACUUCAGGUUCUUGCAAAAUUUCCAACCUUAGGUUGCCGACAAUGGAGUAUUGAAUUUAGCGUAAAUUAUUUCAAAUUCUAUCGUUUGCUGUACUGUUCCAACAUCGACGAUUGGCCUCAUUCCGUUGAAGUACAGCAGUCAAUGGGUGAGAAGCUACAGCUUUAUCAGAACGUUUAUGCCUUUACAGCUGACCGAUAA